AUGAAUCUUUCCUUUUUAGCUUGUCAGAAGUGGUAUUCUGAAGACUUGCCACAAAUUGCCCAAACCUUGGCCCGUUACGGUCACACUGCAGUCGCCAAAGGAAGGUUGGUAUUUCUUAGUCACCUUGGUCAAUUAUCUUGUCUUGUUGAGUAAGUAAGCCCUGGUCAAAUGAACAUGAGAAUUGAUGAGAGUUGGCAAACAUGGAUUUGAAUGAGUGUUUUCUCAGCUCUCAUGAUGAGCUAUCCCUGCCCUGUCGUCAAACGAGAACAUGAGGGUUCAUGUGAGUUUCACUGGAUAUAUUACCUGCCCUGUCGCUUAAUUUCUGAGGUGUUCGUCUUUAUUUGCGGGCGUACACCUUAACCAAGCAGACUUUGUCAUAUAUAACUGAUAUGUGCCAAAAUAUAAGAACCUGCAUGUGGAGUAGGCAGGGAUACACAUACUGCCACAUAGCAAAAACUCUUAUCUACUCUCAUCGAAUUUAAUGAGAGUUGCAACUCUCAUUAACUUUCGUAUUCGCUUGACCAGGGCGUAAAAAUUCCACGAUAAACGUGCGAGGUUACAAAGGAAUCGCGCAGGUCGUGUGCAUGUUCCCAAUGGGAUAUUGCAGACUUUGUGAUUUUCUUAUAUAGAACAAUGUAUAUUUUUGGUGGCUUCAAUGGUGCGUUUUUCAAUGAUAUAUUGACAUAUACACACGGUAAGAUGAUGAUCAUUUAAAUUAUGGAAUGUUGUUGACAUAUGAUAAUUUUUAAUAUUAUAGUGCUUUUCAUCUCAGUGACUCAGGGUUUCAUUCGUCAAUACAAACUUUCCGAAAGGGUGUAUUAAAUAUGAAGCAGUUGUCUGGCUUCACUGAUGUGCAGGGCCGCUGAGAGGUUGCGCGUGGCCAGGGACGUCAUAAUUGUAAAACGGGAGAAGCGGUGUUUUACGAUAUGUCACACUUUGUUGCAUAUUAUCCGACACUAACGCAGCUAGGAUUUAAGGGUCUUGCUUUGGGGGCUCUUUUGAUCUUGGGGGCCCGGGGCAAUGUGCCCCCCUCCCCCCUCCUCUCGGCGGUCUCAUCUGCGACAAGACUGCUUUCAGUUUCACUCUCCCAAACAUCCCAGGUUUCUACAGACAUUCCAGUCUUCGCCUGUAGUAACAGUGACACUGGACUAACAGGGAUGGCCCAUUUAUAAGGAGAACAGUUUAAACAGGACCAAUAUAAAGUGUGAAGGGGAAAACGUGAAAAUUGAGCGCGCGGUGAGCAUUUUCGUGAAAUGAGUUUCCAUCAUGUCGUACUAGUAACCGUAACUGUUGCGAAAAAUCUUGUUGACAAGUUGUUGGAACAGCAUUGUCACAACUUGUUAACAAGCUUGCUACAAGCCUGUUGAGGAGACAUCUUGUUUACAAGUUGUUGGAACAGCAUUGUCACAACUUGUUAACAAGCUUGCUACAAGCCUGUUGCGAAAAAUCUUGUUGACAAGUUGUUGGAACAGCAUUGUCACAACUUGUUAACAAGCUUGCUACAAGCCUGUUGCGAAAAAUCUUGUUGACAAUUUGUUGGAACAGCAUUGUCACAACUUGUUAACAAGCUUGCUACAAGCCUGUUGAGGAGACAUCUUGUUUACAAUUUGUUGGAACAGCAUUGUCACAACUUGUUAACAAGCUUGCUACAAGCCUGUUGAGGAGACAUCUUGUUUACAAUUUGUUGGAACAGCAUUGUCACAACUUGUUAACAAGCUUGCUACAAGCCUGUUGAGGAGACAUCUUGUUUACAAUUUGUUGGAACAGCAUUGUCACAACUUGUUAACAAGCUUGCUACAAGCCUGUUGAGGAGACAUCUUGUUUACAAUUUGUUGGAACAGCAUUGUCACAACUUGUUAACAAGCUUGCUACAAGCCUGUUGAGGAGACAUCUUGUUUACAAUUUGUUGGAACAGCAUUGUCACAACUUGUUAACAAGCUUGCUACAAGCCUGUUGAGGAGACAUCUUGUUUACAAUUUGUUGGAACAGCAUUGUCACAACUUGUUAACAAGCUUGCUACAAGCCUGUUGAGGAGACAUCUUGUUGACAAGUUGUUGGAACAGCAUUGUCACAACUUGUUAACAAGCUUGCUACAAGCCUGUUGAGGAGACAUCUUGUUGACAAGUUGUUGAAACAGCAUUGUCACAACUUGUUAACAAGCUUGCUACAAGCCUGUUGAGGAGACAUCUUGUUUACAAUUUGUUGGAACAGCAUUGUCACAACUUGUUAACAAGCUUGCUACAAGCCUGUUGAGGAGACAUCUUGUUUACAAUUUGUUGGAACAGCAUUGUUGCAACUGGCUUGUAGGCACGGUUUGUGGUUACAAAGUACUCCCGUUUUCGGCAUACCUUAUAGCCAGGGUUUGUGGCUAUAAAGUAAAAUUGAGCGCGCGGUGAGCAUUUUGGUGAAAUGAGUUUCCAUCAUGUGGUACUAGUAACCGUUAACUAUCCAGCAAAUACAUCCAGCACUUUGAUAUUUUGAAAGUUGUAGAAUCACUACCGCUAAGGGACCAUUAACCAAUCAGAUACAUUUGAUAUAUCCCAUUAACCAAUAAGACGCGUACUAAGCCAGUGAGAGGUUCAGAUUUAACUUCCACUACCGGUACCUCUCUAUUAAAAUAGAGAGGUUAAGAUACCCCGGUUUCGGUGUACGGGUACGAGUAGUGUCAUCUUGUUUUAUUGAUGUCUGUAAUUCGAUCAUUCUUUUUCUGUUUUCUUGCAAUAGACAAUGAUAUAAUGCGAAAAAUGUGCACCUUAAUUACGAGUAAAGCUACAGACAUCGACGAAAAUAUUGCUAACCAAAAUCAUGCUACCCGUACACGUACACCGAAACCGGGGUAUCUUAACCUCUCUAAUAAUGCGGCUUUUGCUCUGUUUUGUUUCAACUAGGAGAGUGUGGGCGAAUAUUAAAUGAAACUGAAUGCACGGAGAAAUAUUUUUCAUCUGGAUGUUACUGGAACAACAGUCAGUGCGUGAAUAAAGACAGUGUAAAAACUUCACCACAGUGCCCAGGUAGGUGGCGGCUUAGACCCCGUUCACACGAUACUGGCGUGGAAUUCUGCUGGCAGAAAAUCAUCAUAGUUUCAACUGUUCACACGAUACCGGCAGAUUAUAUUCCGCUUUGACAAUAUGCUGCACAAAUCAGUUAAAAUAAACAGAAUAAUAUCCAACAACAACUUUUGUAGUUUUGUUAAUUCGUUUUGCAUAACCGUGAUGAAAUUCUUAUGGUUGGGCGUUCACACGGCACUCUGACGGUAGAAUUUUGUUCCGUUUUCAAGCUCUUACGGUUCGCGUUACGGUUUCGCAUUUUUUCAUACCGGCAUCGUGUGAACGCAACCCCCAAACGUAAGAAUUUCGUACCGUUUUCAAACUCUGCCUUAGACUGGAGUCUUAGACUGCUUAGUAGUGGUACUAGUGAAUUUUUACUUCCAACAGAAAUUUUUAGAAUGUAAACCAGCUUUGGCAGAGUUCAUUUCUUUUGUCUUCUUCAUUGUUCACAAAUCUCAACGAUAUUCUUUUGUGUUUCAGGAAAACAUGAGAAAUCGUGCAGUGAAAUUCAAAUUUGUGAUGAAUGUAGAUACAAGCCUAAAUGUGGCUGGUCUAACAAAUCCUGCCAGGUAAGCAGUUUAAAAUUAUUUAUGAGAACAGACGUUGCCUAGUUAUUUAACAAUUUAAGAUAUGCGCAGUGCUGAAUUGUGCAACCAUUAAUUUAUCAUUCAGUAAAAUUAAUCCACACUAAACAAAGUGCAAUACUAAACUGUCGAGCAUUGUAAUUGGGUCUUAACCAUGAGUGGAAAAGAACUUUAAAACCGGGAACGUGAUUGGUUACGACAAAAUUUGCUAUGGAAAUUAAGUUAAGGCCGUUUUCCACUAGGCGGAAUUUUUUCAAUCAGUGAUAUUUUAGCAAGGGGGGGUUCAAUCUUUGAACUGAGGCUAACUAAAACAACAAAGAAACAAAAUGGCUGUCAUCGCGUCUUAUGUAAAUGAGUUAUCCGACUAUUAUAGAAGCUAAUAUAAAACAAUCUAAAAAUACAGUGGCGUGCUGGCAGGGGGGGCCGGGGGGCAAAGCCCCCCCCCCCAGCCAGCUGGCAAUUCUUGGGGGGCGCAAAAAUGAAAAUGGGGCGCCGAAUUUUGAAAGAGGGUGGGAAAAACGCAUUCUCGAAAAAAUAUGGUUACUUCCGCCAAGAAAAGACGUGUUUAUAGGCUACAUGCAGUAUAAAACAGACUAAGCGCAUAGGCGACAUAUAUUAAAUUACAGACUAUUUUGCCUAACCGUAUUUGCUACCUCACAGUGAUCACAGGCAAUUUCUCAUUACCGGAAUAUUGGUCAGGUUUCGAUCGAAGCGUUCACGGGAAUUAUGCUCUUUUUUGCUGGUAUUAUGCCCUUAUAUUAUGCCCUUUAUUAUGCUUCACGAAUCACGAGAGCGGUGCAAAUUAGAUAGUUGAAGUUAUGAUAACUGAUGUAAAGUUGUGUACGCAAUUUAGUUGUUUGCACAAGAAGCAUGAGUAAUGUAAAUAAUGAAAUAAUGCUGAAACAUGCCCUUUUGGCAGCCAGGCAAGGAAACCUUAAAAUGCAUAUGCGUGGGGUGCGUGUGUUAUUGUAUAAAAGAGCUUUAAGUUGUAAAUGUGCUCAGAACAGUAGAUCAGUAGAGAACAGAAUUGGGAUUAGAUCAAUCGCUGGAAGUAGUAACGCAUUGCAUAAUUUAGUACUACUACUAAAUUCUAACCAAACUGCAAAUUUCGACACGUAUUAUAAUGCCGUUUCCUGACCAUCAGAUUCAGUCUGCCAAAUCUUCCCCCAAAGUCCAGGAAAUGGCAUUUCAGAGACUCUAAAUUCAAAAAUUUUCCUGGGGGGCAUGCCCCCUGACCCCCCUAGACAAACCUCGCACCUGCGGCACUCGGCUCGUGCCUUCGGCCCUCGUUUAUCAAGUGUAACAUUAUAGGGGCGCAUAUUGGUUGACAGCCCACUGGCCCCUCCAGAAAAAUAGUACCCAGCACGCCACUGUAAAAAUAUAAAAACCGUGCUUUACCCUUAAUUACACAGAUCAUUGACCCCCACGUUACGUCAAACCCGAGAAUAGUUAACUGUCUAGUUCGUAAGCAUUGCUUUGGUUUUUUUCCCAUGACACAGAUGAACGGAAGCGAUACAUGCCAAAAGUCGUCUGAAGAUAUUUGCCCGUUAUAUUCCGGCUGUCAGAGUUGCCAGGAAGCUGGUUGUUACUGGAAGGAUAAUAGAUGUGAUAAAACCAAACCUCUGAAUCUAAAAGGUAGGUAAUUAUUAAUAUGACACAGCAUUCAUGCGGGUCUAGAUACUGCAUUCAUUUGGUCAACAGACAGGGCUUUAUAUUAUUUAUCACCCCUCCCAAACAGGGCUUUAUAUUACCCAAAGGUAGAAAAAGUGAACUCAUGGUGUAUGCAAUAGUUGGUUGCAAAAUAUGAAUGUGGAUGAUGAUUGAUGAAAGAUGGUGCUACUUAGUGGUAUAUGAUUGUAUAGCAUUUGGUUGUACUCGUGCACAUAAAAAAAGGCGAUGUCGUUGGUGUUGCUACUGUACAUGAUAUCAUACCAACUUCCAUACAUAUAUCACCUAGCUAAGGUUUAUGUCCUUGCCCCCUGACCUUAAAUAUUUUGGUUCCUUUGAACCACCCUUUCACCAAUGGUGACAAUUUUACUAUUACCUAGAUUGCAAGCCACCAUGCACUGAUCGUACAUCACAAAAGGACUGCAUUCCGGACAAAUCAUCUUGUCUUUGGUGUGAGAGCUUACAACGUUGUGUUGAUCAUAGACUGUAUGUUGUUUUCUAUCCUUAUGGUCAGUGUUUCGAAUGGAUAACUGCUACAAGUUCGGAUAAAGGUAAAUAUUAUAUAUUAGUAUAAUUAACGUCUAACGCACUCGAGCUUAAGCAAGCAAUUCUUUGGAGGGUGUAGCUCUGUUGGAGAGGUUCCGGCUGCUUAGUUUACUCGGCAAGCCGGCUUACGAUGAACUCCAUUCUGCGCAGCUGUCUUCUCGGUAGAAGAAACUUUCAGCCAUCCCAGCAUCCCGACUUGACUAAUAUCAAUGAUGCCGAGAAUUAGGGCUCGUUCAGACUGAGUGUCCGGCACUGGUGCCCAAUGUUCAAAAUGGUUCACAAAACAUGUUGAGCACAGUGCCGUUGUUGAGUACUACCUCUAGAGGUAGUGCCCGUUCUUGGGCACUGUGCCCAAUUUCAUUUGAAAGCGUCGUGUUCAAACUGGGAGCCAAAACAAGUGCCGGGCACCAGUGCCGGGCAUCCAGUCUGGACGCAGCCUUAGCCUCUCCAAGGACAGACCUAACGUCACACCACAGGUGGAAACGGAAUUAAUAAAUAAAAUAGUAACAUGAACGUACGAGAUAUCUUACCUGGUAAGCAUAGAAAGCCGAGCACAACGAACUAUAUGCACCUACCGACCAAAGGGAAACCAAAAAGAAAAACGCUGGAUAACGCAGGAUACCAAUCUAAAAGAAAUCACCCGGACUAGCCGGAGAGCAAGCCCGACGAGCGGGUGCGGCAUAAUGCACAUAACGAACACAACACGGACAUUGCUAGCAAGGAUGACAAAAAGGACUACCCCCGCCAUUUACACUGUGCCAAGGACACACACAACAGAAAAUAAGCACGGGGGGGGGGGGCAGGCAGGCAGCCCAUGGGACCGGCAAAAAACAGCCGGAGGUAGACCGGCAAGCAGCCAGCAAGCACAGGCAAGCAGCCUGAAAACAAAAACCCGGCAAGCAGCCGGCACCACCACAGGCAAGGGGGAAACACUAUCGGGUGGACAGACCUAACUCAAGUGCACAGUGUGAGAAGCAGUAUGCAAGUGAGCGCAGCCCGUGAGCACAGCAAAUGGCAAACUCCCGCCCGCUGACAACAGACUGCUUCUGAUUGGUCAAUGAAAUUGAACCCUGCAUAAAUGCAUAAUUUACAUAUUAUAACGACCCACAACACAACUCGUGCUAGAAGUUAACUAUUUUUAUUGCAUAAACACAUUUACAUAGGUGAUUAAGAAAAUUGUCCACGCUGAUUGGUUGCCGUUGAGGUGAUUAUAACGCGAUAAUCACCUAAGCGAUUUUCAAAAUGGCAGCCGUAGCCAUUUUGUCAAUUAAAUUAAGAAGAAAUGUGUAUUUUUUUCCAAAUGAUCAUCUAUGAAAUUAUACUAAAACAAUUAUUCACCUCAAGCUCGCUGAUUAUCGUGAAUAAAAACCUCGACUUCGCCUCGGUUUUUAUUCACCAAUAAUCACCUCGCCAUCGGCGAAUAAUUGUUAAGUACAGAAUGAGAUACAGAAAAAUACACAGUGAGAUAUUUUCCAUAUCUUCACUAGUGAAGAUAUCGACCACGUGACGUUUUUCAAUUUCCUUUUCACCACCACUCGAAGAUAAAAGUCAUAUCUUCGCGCCGCCGUGUAAUAUCCUCUAUAUAUAAGGAAUAAUUUUUCAGAUUGUUUCUGCAUAUGUACAUUUUUAGUAUCGUUUUGAAGGAUUUGUAAGAAAUGUUUGAGGGAAAUGACUCACAAAUGAGUCAGUUCCUUUGGAAACUUCACAAAUCCUUUAGAACUUAGACUUUGCUAUGCAAGAUUCCUACUAGUCCAAACUAACCUUAAGUAAACUUUCAUUUUUCAUUAAGUUAAAUCCUCCCUGAUUCCACUCUGUCUAACGCCAGAUGAUUUUCAUUAUCAAGGGGGAAAUAUUGUAUGUUAAUAGGUUGAAAACAUUCAUCUUCCAUGAUUUCUUGUAGAUAUUUCAUGUGAAAGUAAAAGUACUUGCCGAAAUUGUCUGACACUCCCUAGCUGUGGUUGGAGUGAGAGUGUGAUGAGAAAUGGCGCAGGUCAAUGUCUCAAAGGAAGUGCGCAUGCUCCUAAAGAUGUUUCGAACUACAAGUAUUGGCAUUUCUUUGAUUGCCCAAGUAAGUUACUGGAAAUGCUUCGACAAGUUACCUAAAGUUGUUGUCCAAUGUAAGCAUUGUACUAAAAGUUACCUAAAGUUGUGGUCUAAUGUAGGCAUUAUACUAAAAUAAGCUGCCGUGGAUUGUGUCUGAACUGCUUGAAAUGUAUCUCAAACGUGGGGUUUCAGUAUAGUUAGUAUUACACAAUAAGCUGUCGUGGGUUGUGUGUGAACUAUAUAAGAAGAUUAAAACUUCUCGACGACCUCCUGACCAACGUCCUUUGCGCGAAACAUCAAUGAAAGUGUUCUUAAUCUUCUUCAGUUAGUUUACACACCAAAUACCGCAGCGUAUUGCAGAACACUACCUGGUACCUACACUACAUGGGCCCACACGUUUGAGAUUCAGAAAUUUACUCAGGAGAAAUGUAUACAGUACUGUACAAUGUACAUGAACCGUCCAUGAAGAGAUUGACUCUUGAGAGGAUUCUAAUCCUUCACAACAGCUUAACUUAAAACUAAAUCUAGACCGUAACCUUAUACCAAAUCCGUACCCUAACCGUAAACUUAAUAUGUAUGCAAUGCAAGAGUAAACCAUGUAUUUUCUUUAACUUCUAGUAUGUCAAUGUAAUGGUCAUAGCAACUGUUCUGUCAACUCUAGUGUCUGUCUACGUUGUCGAGAUCAUACCACAGGUAAGCUUACUUCAGAAUUUACCUCAGCUUGUCAUUGAGUGUCAUUAGUUCAACUGACUGCCUGAGCAUCAGUCCAUAUAUAGCAAUCUGAAUGUUAUGGGUUCUAACCUCGUGCGGGACUUGGGAAUUGUUGCUCAGCUUUAACAAAGGGAGCGUUGAGUUUUCUAAUAAACACGUCGUAUUUUUAUGACAUUCAGGUGCAAAUUGUGAUAAAUGUGCUGAUGGAUAUUUUGGCAAUCCACAUAAUGGCGGCAAAUGCAUGCGUAAGUACAUUAGAUCAUUCUAAUUGAGUAUACAUUAGAACAUAUAUAAUUACGUACUUUAAUAGAACAUCUAAUCAGGUAUAUCAGAUUAUUUUAAUUCAGUACAUAACAUUAGAUUAUUCUGAUCAUUCUAAUUCAGUGCAUUAGAAAUAUCUACAUUUGCACAACAGCUCUAGAUAGUCCUGUAUCUGUGUUUAUUUCAUGAUUGAGUCAGUUCUCUUUGAUAUACCGCAUAUACAGCAUGCUCGUUCUCGGUAUUUAUCUCAAACAUAUACCACGGUUUAUAAUGUAGCACUAGAUCCAACCUCGUCUGUUAGAGGGGUGGAGAUUUUAACGGGAAAGUGGUGCCAACAUUAUAGCAUGCAUCCCUCGUUCUCGGCACUCGUCUCAAACAUAUACCAGUGUUUAUAAUGUAGUGGUAGAUCCAACCUCAUCUAAAAAAGGGCUGUAGAUUUUAACCGAAGGGAAGUUCCCUUCCAUGUUUCCACUACAACUAUAACUGUUGUCAAAAUUUAAAUAAAGUUUAUCAUCAUCAUCAGUUGAACUGAAUACUCGUUGUUAUAGCAUGUCAAUGUAACGGCCAUGCAGAUACCUGUAAUCCUACAAAUGGUGAUUGUACAUGCAGAAUGAGAGGUGUCGAAGGAAAACACUGUGAAAAGUAGGUAUUUUUGUCUUGAGUUUACGGGCCAGUUCAAACGUCGAACUUUUCAUGUACCAAACCGAACGCAAAUGAGCUUAAACAAUGAGAUGAGGUCAUUUAUACUAAGUUCGGCACAUAAUAAGCAUGACUUUUGAACUAGGCCAAAGAACACGGCAUACCUUAAGUUAACCUCGCAAGCCGGAGCCCGAGCGCAGGUAAAAGACCCUGGCUUGCGAGGUUGACCUUAAGUAUUUAUCGCCAAAAUGGCCUGAAAAUAUCUGAAUAUUUUGAUGCUUCCUCAAAUGUUUUUCUGUUUGCCUACCCUAAUUAAUUAAGCACCCUUUACAUAAAUGCUAUAAUAUAAAUCAAAACGCUAACGCUGGAGUUACACGAGCAACAAAAUUGUUGCAACUUGCAACAAAAUGUGAUUUCAACGCAUGUUAAGUAGAAAUGUCGGCACAUGUUGUCUUGUGAUGAAACCAUGCGUUGAAAUCAGAUUUUGUUGCAAGUUGCAGCAAUUUUGUUGCUCGUGUAACUCCACCUUAAGGGGCUGUUCAUUUGAGCCGGAAUAGAUCGUGUCACGAAUUUUUUUUCCUGACCAUAAAAGAUCGUUUGAAUGAACUCUAUACUGUUAUUCAAAGCUUUGAUAAGAGCUUUAUUAAACCAAUCAUCCCAGUUAACCCGGCUAGCCCGGCUGCAUGUGAACAGCCCCUAAGUGACUGGAUGGAUGCAUCCUCGUUCCCAGGGCUUCUCGUCAGCCCGAAAAGCCCUAGAACGAUAUGGUUUUACAGUGGGAUUUUCAAAAAAAAAAUUAAAAGAAAUUACGGACACUUCAGUUACUUAACCUGCCAUGCAUAAGGCCCAAUGAACAAUUUCCUCAGAUGAAAUUUACUCUAAACCAUAGGUAAAUGUUUUUUUUCACAUGCUUUUCCUGGUUUUUCAACCUUCAUACUUAUGAGUCAAAUUGUUGCCGCGUUUUUUAGAUGUAACACAGGACAGUAUGUUGGAAAUGCAACUAAUGGGGGAUAUUGUUACUGUAAGUCCAAAUGUUUUCUUUUUAAUUAUAAAGAUGAAUUGUUCGUGAUUUGCACAUGACGUCACGGUGGCCAUGCCAGGGGAAGCCAACAAAUGAAUCUCAUUAGCAACUAUUGUAUGUGGAGUGUUUUCAUCCAACAUGGCCGCAAUAUCUUUAUAAAUCUCAAGGCAUUGAUUGCAAACCACAAAUAUACAUAGCUUUCAUUAUGCUCCAAUUCAGGCUGUCCAAAAUUGCUUUGUGGCAGAAACCAAAUUGGGUUACCGCAAAAUCACCUUUGCGGUCACCUGGGUUUACCAAAACAAAAACUUCUCAGAAGAACUUAGAGUUUAUUAUUUUAUAUGUCCAAAUGAAUUGUAAAGUAACCCAAUUAGAUCAUAGAACGCGUAAAGAAAAUUUAAAUAUUAAGUGUUAACCCAGUUAUUAAUUAUAGAAUUACGGACUUACAUUACUUGGUUAAACAUGAACGAAAAGAUUGAAUAAAAACUGUCGCAGAGUUUCCAGGCUAUAUCUUGACUGACUAUGCUCCAAGCCUGCCUAUCAAAUAUCUGGGAAAAUGGGUUACCCACUAUAUUUUUCCUACUAUAUUUUUCAUUUUUUACGUACAUGGACCUAUCUUUGGGCGGCUGGGUGACGUUUUCAUUUUCCCAAAAACUGACUUUCUAAAAUUCCCUAGUUCGAUCACAGCUCACAUGUUGUAUUGAUAUUUUCUUAGAUAAACUCACGGCUGACUACUUAUACAGGAUCAAUGUCUCUGAUAAGCUGAUAUUCAAUUUUAUAUGUUAUCCCAACGAGGUUCGUAACUAAUCUCCCAAUGUGUGCACGAAUUGUCUCUCCCGUGUAGUUAGUUCAAUAGUUCAGGGGAUACAUCCACUGAACUCUAUCACAUGAAAGACCGACUCAAACGGUGAAGCCACUGAACUGUAUACAUGAAAGGCUGCCUUCAAUAGUUCAAUGAUAUAAUCAAAAAGUGAAGCGAAAGACACCAUCACUUUGUCAAAACUACUUGAUGACACUAUGACUGUCAAAAACAUUAAAGGCACAGUUCAGCCUGUUGAACGAUGGUUUUUAAGGCGCAUUUCAGCCCUUUUAAUUGAAAAAACUAACUAGGAAAAUCAAUUAAGCAUAAUUCAAGAUCACCAAACUUAAUGUUUUUAACAUUUUAAAACAUUUAUAUUGUUAAAAACACCGACUGACUGUAAGUUCACGUCUGGAUCAAUAGAAGUUUUAUUUUUCAGUGUUUUGAAGUGCAAAUGUACUCAAACCAAAACAGCGGGUUAAAUCUUAACCCAGUGUUAGCGCUAGUCCAGCUUUGAAGAACAGGCUCCUGUGUAACUGUAUUGAAUGUAUAAUAUGUUUAUUUUCUUUCAGUCUGACAAGAAUACGGUUGUUACAGUGAGUAUUACCAAGGGAAACCCGCUCAAUCCAGCAUUGUUGAAUGUAUCUCUUGGCAGUGGUAAGUUUGUUUUCUAACAUUUUCUAACGGAUCGUAUCGCUAAAAAAGUCAAAACACGACAUUUCGUCACACUCCUGGCUGUUUCAUGUUAACCGCGCAAACAAAACCAAUAAAAAGGUACUGGCACUGGACAUCAAUUUCGACUUCCUACUCCAGUAUAUAUGGAGCUCACUGGUUACGUCAUCUUAACCAUGUUACAGGAUACCGCGGAUUCGCUAAUUGGUAAGGCCCAUUUUCACUCAAGAAAAUUUUGAAAAUAUUCCACGCACAGAAAAUUUUCCGAAAAUAUCAUUGUCAAAAGUUGAAGAUUUUCAACUUCAAAAUUUUUUUCCGACGGAAAAUUUGUGUCGGCCAAUCACAUUUUACAACCUUUUCUUUCUGUGAAAAAUUUUCUUGAGUGGAAAUGGGACUUAACAUUAGAAAUUGCGAUCACAUGACAAAAUUUUAUGAGACUGGACAUUAUUCUUGAGCCAAUGAGCCCAUUAUUCUUGUUCAUGUUGGACCAAGUGACUUCGGUAUCGUGUAACUGGUCCUAAAAUUGAUUCAGUCAUGUUGAUGGUCGCGCUGUCACAAGUAAAUGGAAAACAGGGUAAUGGAGUCAGAAAACGUCACUAAUCUCCAUACAGUAUAUGACUUGGUUGUGCUCAGGAUGAAUAAAAUCAUUAAAAUCAGUUAAAUCAUUGUUUUUCUCAAUUCAGACUCAUUGCAAGAAUUUUAUUGGGUAACCAACGUAGACUUAUCGUCACAAUACGAAAAGAAGUUUUCUAAGGACGAUUAUCCAUUUGGUUCGGAAGAUUUUUAUUUCAAGAUCUAUGUUUACAAUCUGACACCAUAUUCAACAGUUUCUGUAAGUUUGAAAGUAGUUUAAGUUCUAUGUAGUUUUGCAUGGCUACUGUAUAUAAUACGUUUUGCUUUCUGGAAACACCAUUUAUAUUUAUUACUGCAUAGUUAGUAGAAGAGAUAGUUUGGAAAGUACACGAGAGCGGUAGAGUAGUAACUCGAUGAUGCGAGUUCUAGACCAGCUAGGAACAACGGGUCUUCAUUGUUAUCUGCAGAUUCUAAUUAAUGUACAGGGAGUUUUCAGGAUUCUGAAUUGAAUAUCCUCUUUUUUUCAGGUAUCCGUUCACCAACCAAAUGAGGGUGGAAUUAAUCUUUUGCAGUUCUUUAUUAUAUUCUUGGCGUAAGUUCUUGAUCAUAUUCCACCUGUCCGCCUUAGUUCUCAAGGAUGGGAUUCUACUCCUGUCAUAAAAUUGCUACCAAACACUGCAGUCUUCUGGUGCAGGGGUGGAUCCAGCAAGGUUUUUCUAUGGAGGUGCAUGGGCGAGCAGCCAAGUGUUUCUAAAUAAUUCUUUAAGGAGUGGUGGGAGAAUAUUUAAAUGAAUUGGCUUCCUAACGACUCAACCAUCGAAGGCACGAGCUCCCUAGGGGGGGUCAAGGGUAUGCCCGCAGAAAAUUAGAACCCUAGAGAUGCUAUUUUCUGCAAUAUGGGCAUUGAGUAAUGAGUUUCAGUUUGACUUCAAAAAAGGAAAAACCUUGGAAAUCGUGCCAUUUUUCUGAAUUUGAUUUUUUGCUCCCCCGUUGACCAAGGCCAACAGGGGUGCGCACCCCUGUGCACCCCCCCUAUAAAUCCACCCCUGUUCUAGUGAUUGAGAGGUUCAGAUUUUGACUUCCACCAACGUAAUCUAUUCGAUUAGCCAAUCAAUUAUGCGUAUUAAGCUUGUGAGCGGUAGUGGAAGUCAAGUCUGAACCUUUCUAAUACUAGAUCGAUAAAAAAACGGCUCUUAGUGGACCUCUAAGAAAAACUGUUUAUUAGAAUUAAUAUUUCAAAUCCGACUAUGAGGACUGGACUAGAUUUCAAGUCCACGCAAUUUGAUCUAGUCCAGUCCCAACUGGAGGAUUUGAAAUGACAUCUCAUACUAAUAAAUCACGACUUAAAGUGAGCUGAAUUAAUUUUGAUCCAGUCCUAGGACUGAAUUAAUAUUGAUCCAGUCUUAGGACUGGAUCAAUAUACUUCACCAGGUAUCCAUUGUUAUCAUCAUGUGAGCUACUAUACUCAUGAAUUAUUAAUGAAUUUGAGAUCUAAUAGUCUAAUAGCUAUCCGGUAGAAAGUUCGUUUAGUAUAACAUUUUUGUCUCAUUUUUGAUUUCAGGUGUUUUGUUGGUUUGUUGUUAAUUGCAGUGGCAUUCUGGAAAGCCAAAUCAUUCUUUGAUACAUUUAGAAGAACUAGAGUAAGUCGAGAGUGUUAACGUGGCAUGUUUUGACGCAAUCGCUGGGGAUGAAACAACAGAUCAGAUUUAGGAGAUUCUAGUAUACUUGAUAGACGGAUCUAAUUAGAUGAACAAGUUGUUAUGACUUGAUAAUGCUUCUGCAGGUUUUAAUAGGUAGUUUGACGCCAAAUUUGAUCUUUAAAAAAACUCCGAAAACCAAAGGGUUGCCAUAGCAUUUCUGUGAUUUUCUCCUUUGAGCAGAAUGUCAACCUUAGACACUAAUUACAACAGGAUUACAAAGUGACAUAUACACACGCUUUUUCAUGUGAAUAAGAGUCACAUCUGAACAAGUGCCAUAAGUGAGAUAUAAAUACUUUUUCUGGAGAGAAAUUAGAAAAUCUGCAAAUGUGCCAAAGAAACCUAUCAAGUGUUUCUUAAUUCUUUAAGUUUUGUGUGACUAAUAUUUCUUUGUUAUUCCUUGCAGCGACGAAAUGUUGAAUUGGUGUAUAUGACCAACCGUCCAUUUGCCCCUGUACCCAUCUGUGUAGAUAAACCUGGUCAUGUACCCAUGAAGGUUCGUUUUAUUUUACAAUCGUGGCAAUGCAAGGGUUCCUAAUAUAUCCUACCAAUUCAUUUGACCAAUUGCCCGGCAACUUCCUGUGUUUGAUCAUUCUCACUUCCUGCCUCUUUAUGAUUGGUCAAUUGCAAACCAAACCAAAACGAAAGGUAAUUGGUGCAUUCAUACAGGAAGUUUAUCAAAGAGCUCAUCAAAUGAAUUGGUUUUAGGGACACUCCCAUUGCCACGACUGUAAUAAUUGUUUAACUACCAUUACGUUGCGACUGUCUUUUCAAGAUCAUACGAUUUGAAAUAGUCUGUAGCCUGAAUUUCAAACGGUCACUCGACAUCUCAACGACAUUGAGUGGCCGUCUGAAAAUCAGGCUAACUAGUACCUGUAGAGUUUAUUUUUGUGGAGGUAGCCAAUCUUCAAAUGGAGCUAGGCUAUGCCACAUUCUCGUACCCAGAGCCCAUCUUACAUGCCGGCAACAGAGCAUGACUGCAGAACAAAAUCUAGCCUUUAAACAAGACUUAAAUGCCAAGUGUGCCAUUAGCCAAUAAAACCAGGCUUAGAUACCUAGUUUUUUCAUGAUUUUUGGAGUUAUAGUUAGCUCCGAAUGAUUUUUGGAGUUUAGCCAGUAAACUCCACAAUUCGUAUUUCAACUCAGUUAGUUUUGAAUUACACGUCAAGUUACUCAAGUGUGUAUUUUGGUUUGGAGUUAGCCCUUUAGACUUUGGAGGUAGCCUCGCUCCAUUGCUUUCAACUUUCUGCAGCCAUUCAGUAGUCUGGAUCUAUCUUGUCUUUUGCAUUCGUCGACCACGUGCAGUUCUAUUCCUGCAGUAUACACACACACGCACGCUAGUUUAUUUACAUAUAACUUCAUCUUGUGAACUUUUCUUACCAGAGUAAACCCUCGCCACUUACAACAGAGAUCUGCUAUGGAAACAAAGCUGCUGUCGUGUCUGUGUUAGUCCGCUUACCACUAUGUGCGCAGACAGAGAACUCUACUGGCGCGGCGGCUUUAUGUUUUGGAAGUACGCUGGUCAAUUACAAUGAGCAUCAAGGCUCAAGAAUGGUGAACUACAUGAAAAAUAUUAAACGAAGACGGAAUCCUUUUCGCUCUUCCGCAAUUUGA